UGCGCGUGUGCCAGCCGCCCACGCCGCCAUCUUGAGUCGGAAUUUUGUGCUUUGAGGCUGUCCAGAUGCUGCUUCCCAAGCUCUGGGGUGGAUUCUGCGCCCCUGAAUGUUGGUGUCAGGGUGAAAGAGGAGUCCUUCAGCCCCCUGGGGGACUCUGGCCGGCGGGGCUCGUGCCCCACCACUUGGAAUCAGUGACCUUUCAAGAUGUGAUUAUAAACUUCACCCAGGAAGAGUGGACCCUUUUGGACACAUCUGGGAAAAAGCUGUACAAAGAUGUGAUGCUAGAAAAUAUGAAUCAUCUGGUAUCUCUUGGAUAUGAUCUCUGCCAAUCAGAUUUGAUUUUCCACUUGCUGUGGAUGGUAGAAGGAAGAGGAUUGCCUGAAUGCCAGAGUCCAGACUGGGAAAGUGCACAUAGGAAACAAGAAAUGAUACCCAUGCAACAUAUUGGCAGUGAGGACACACCUACCAUUAUGUCAAUGCAGAUUUCUCAUACUCAAGAUCUAUUGACGUGGAAUGAUUUGGGAAAUGAUUUGACUCACAACUCUACAUUGACUCAAAAUUUAUCAUCUCACACAGCAGAGAAACCUGUUGUCAGCAAACAGCAUGGACCCCUUUGUGACUACUUAUACCUUAAUUUAAAGAAGGAAAAUCAAAGAAGUCAUAAAUCAUAUGACUGUCAUCUUUGUGGGAAAGCCUUUACUAAUUGCUAUAACCUUAGACAACACAUGAUGACUCACACUGGAGAGAGGCCAUAUGAAUGUCAUCUGUGUGAAAAAGCCUUCUGUACUUCUUCUCAUCUUAAGCGACAUGAGAGAAUGCACACUGGAGAGAAACCGUACAAGUGUCAUUUAUGUGGGAAAGCCUUCAGUCAGUCUUAUGCCCUUACGCUACAUGUGAGAACGCAUAGUGGAGAGAAGCCGUAUCAAUGCCAUCUGUGUAGGAAAGCCUUUACUAACUCUUCUGCUCUUAGAUAUCAUGAGAGAAUACACACUGGAGAAAAACCAUAUGAGUGCCCCCUGUGUGGGAAAGGCUUCAGUAAGUCUUCUAAACUUAGACUGCAUGAGCGAACACACAGUAAAGAGAAAACAUACAAGUGCAAUAUUUGUGAGAAGGCCUUUAGUCAGUCUUAUGACCUUAGACGCCAUGAGAGAAUCCACACUGGAGAGAGACCAUAUAAAUGUCAUCUGUGUGGGAAAGCCUUCUGCAAAUCUUCUGCCCUCAGACAGCAUGAGAGAACCCACACUGGUGAAAAACCAUAUGAAUGCCAUCUGUGUGGGAAAGCCUUUAACCAGUCUUCUAACCUUAGACAGCACGAGAUCACACACAGUAGAGAAACUAUAUGUGUACAAUCUGUGUGAAAAAUCCUUCAGCAGAUUUUCUGAUCUUAGAUGACAUGAGAAGAUGCACACAAGAUAGGAACAGUAUGAAUACUAAUAUGUAUGGGAAAACCUUCACCAGAUCUUUAAGAUGGCAUGAGAAAGCACACAGUAGAGAAUAAUAAAUAACCUUCAGUAUAUAUUAUGAUGUAAGGUGACUCAGUAUUAUAAAUGCAAUAAAUCUGGAAGUCUUUAACCCAUACUUGUAAAAUUGAAAAACAUCUGAAGAUGCACACAUUGAAGAAACAAUGAAAUCUAUGUGGAAGAUUCUGCAGUCAUCCUUACUCAUAUUUGACAUAAACAAAUUCAGAAGGAUGAUAAGCCAUAUAUAUAAAUUAUCUGUAGUAAAUCAGUCAGUGGUUUGUAAUAGAUGGCAUGAGAUAACCUCCCCUGUAAUAAUAGUGAAUGUAGAUGUUUUUAGCAAUACCUCUCAGCAUUAGCACACUAGAGGACUUGCACAGGGAAGAACCCCUACCUAGAUGUGUAAUCGGUGUCAAGAUGCCUCUAUAUACUUUUGUUAAACAGCAUGAGCAGAAACCACUUGGGAAAACCCCUUGGUUUCAAAACAAAUGAGCCAAACACCAGGCUUGCUGUGUACAAAAAGAUUCAAGGAAUGAAUAUCUGAUUUUAAAAAGUAAGAGGUUCAAGCUUCUUGAAGUAUACCAUGUAAUUCCUUCUUCUGAUGUGAUUUAGUUUAAAAUGACAAGUCCUUAUUUAUAGAGCAACAUUUGGGACACUCGUGGCUUCACACUGGCCUAUACUGUCAGUGGCAUAAAUGCAAGAAAAUCUUAAGUGACAGUUGCUUCGUAGACAACACUGAAGUUCUCUUGCUGAGGAGAUAAGCAGUCCUAAAAUCAAAAUGUAGAAUUCUGAGAUUUUAUAUCAGAAAACUGAGUCUUGAGAAAAUCAGCUAACAAUCCAAGCUGUAAAGAGCCUGUAAGCACACAAUUUAGUAAAUCAUUGAGAACUUGGAAAAUAGACACCAGAGACUGCACGGAGGGGAAGGAUAGUGAAGUCCUACAGUCUGGGGCUCAUGGGCUUCCCUGAGACGUUGACUAUGAGAGACCUGAGAAUGGCAAUGUUGGGCCCCAGCAAGAUGCAAGAGUGAAGGGGAUUUCAGGAGAGGACCAAGGUCUACAGAAUACUAGGGCUAGCGAGAAGAUGUGGUGUCCUGGAACUGUCCACCAACGGUUAAAAAAGAGAGAAGCCAUCUUUGAACAGGAUCUUACAGCAUCAGAUGUGGAAAGGAGGUGAUGGAAACAACCAAAAGCAAAAGGCGAGGAAGAGGAACUGCUGGAGAUUUUAACCAGGAAAGGAUCAGGGAAACAGCCUCAGUGGCACAAGAUGUGGGGCUCCUGUGGCUGAGGUGGGGGUGACCCUGGACCCCAUGGUGUUGAGGAAGGGGCCAUGGAGAGAUAACUCACUUGUGAACUAGAAAUAAUGAAACUCCCAUCAGCAAAAUCCUCUUUUUCAUUGUGAGUAGUGGGCCUACCAGGGAGGGUGGGGCUAGCAUUGGGCAGGGCCUGAGUGUCUCCACCUUGCCCCCACAGGGCAUUUCCAGGUCUGUCCAUCCUUCUGCCCAAGGGAACCUGAGUCUCCAUUUGUGCAUCUAUACCGGUGAGUGGGGUGUGCAGCACAGCAGGGCCGCUGAAGGUGUCAGCCUACAGAAAGGGGACUGAGGCAUAGUGUGUGCAAUGGAAGCCAUUUAUUUGAUUCAAGGCUUUGGACGGAGUCACCCAGGUGGCACAGAUCCCCGUUGCCUAGGAUUUGUGCACUAAAACAAGUAGAGGGCUUGUUUCUGUGUCUUAAAACAAGGGUCAAAAGAGAAAUAAAAAUUCUUUGGUGAGAAACCACAUUGAUCCAUUUACAAUGACACAGAAAACCGAUUGGCUAUACAUUCAUUAUUCUUUGCAUCAUAAAUUCCAGGAGAAUUAUAAUGGGAAAAAGGGGCGAGAGAUCACAUUGUAAAUUUAUUACCACUUGCAGGUCAGUUAGUUACAAAGUAUUAUUUUAAACCGUCUUGACAUGGUUAUGGAUAUAUGGCCAGUGUCUCAGGCCCACUUCUUACUAGAUCCAUUAAAAUUAAAAUGAGUCUCACCUUGUACA